AUGUUGAAACUUUCAGUUUGGGUCCAACAACGACUAGGAAAUGGCGGAUACCGCCCCCUUAAGAAUAAAGUCGAUUUAUCAGAAAAAGUCGACGAAGCAGAUUCGUCUGAACUUGACGAGUAUGUCGAGGUUCACGAGGUCGAGAUACCCCAUAGGCAUCUCUCAUGGGUGAAACAUCUCAAGAAGCUGGUGGUGCUUUUGCCCAGCUUUCUUCACCCCAGCAGCCCUACCGAGAAACCUGCAGACCUCCAUCGAACAGCUUGGCUAGAUGGCCUCAGGGGCGUAGCCGCCUUCUUCGUAGUCUGGCACCACAUGUCGCUCAUCUGGUUCCCCUGGUCCAUCCACAACGGGUGGACCAGCUUCCGGGACCCUCUCAUCCGCUUCCCCAUCGUCCGACUCGCGAUAUCAGGCCUGCCCAACGUCAUGGUGUUCUUCGUCAUAUCCGGAUACGCCCUCAGCCACAAGCCCCUGCGCCUCCUGCGCCAGGACCGCCGCGCCGAGGCGUACGACGCCCUCGCCUCGUCCACGUUCCGCCGCCACCCGCGCCUCUUCCUCCCGGCCGUGCUGCUGUGUCUCCCCUGCAUCCUCGCGGCGUACGCGGGGGCAUACGGAGACGGCGCCCGCAUGCCCGGCGCCGCGGUGCCGACGCAGAACCCCCCGCGCUGCGCCACGCCAUGGCAGCAGGCCCUCGACUUUGCCGCCGCGGCCGCGCGGCUCUGCGACCCCUUUUCCGGCGGCGCCAUAGGCUGGGCCUACAACAACGCCCUCUGGACGCUGCCGGUCGAGUUCCGCGGCUCGCUCGUCGUGUUCGGCUUGCUGCUGGCGCUGGCGCGCGUCCGCAGUGCUGCUCGCUUGUCGCUGGUCUUGCUCGUGGCGAUCUACUGUCUAUGCUUCGCUCACUGGGCGGAGUUUCUCUUUGUCGGGGGAAUGCUGGUGGCGGAUUUGCAGUUCGCGACCGCGGAGACUGGGGAGGAUUGGGGGUUGGGGUUGGGGUUAGGGUUGGGGUUGGUACUACCCGAGGGCCACGGGGCGGGAAGCAAACGGCCCCGGCGGAUACGGGCCAUAGUCGCAGUAGCGCUUCGGUGGUGGAGACGUGUGCUCGAGUGCCGUGCGUUGCAGCACGCGGCCUCUUUACUUUCCUUCUUGGGCGCUCUCUACGUCCUGGGCAUGCCAAAGCUAGACAGGGGCGGGGCGGACACGCCUGGGUACCGGGCUCUGGCCGCGCUGAUCCCCGAGCGCUGGAGAACGGCUGGGUCGCCCGAUCACUUCUGGCCUGCCAUCGCAGCGGUCUGGCUCGUGUGGACAAUCGGCCACGCCCCGUUCCUCCAGCGCGCGUUCACGUGUCGUUUUGCGCAGUACCUCGGGCGCAUAUCGUACCCGCUCUAUCUUGUGCACUUGCCCAUGCUGCACAGUUUUGGGUUCAGGAUGGGGAAGGCAUUUCUCGGGCUCACGGGGUCGGACACGGAGGUUCGCUAUCUUGUAGGGGUGGCUAUGGCGGCGGCUGUGGUCUGGGUUAUGGUGGUUUGGGUCGCGGAUCUGGGGUGGCGGUUCGUGGAUGUUAAGGUGGUUGGGUUUGCGGCGUGGGGGUAUGGGAGGUUGGGUAAGAGGACGGGUGGGAGGUGA